GUAUUAAGAGAGAGAGGGUGAUAAUACCGAUGAGAUUGCUGGCCACAGGCACCGCCAACGUGAUCCCCAUUCUUAAAUGCUUUCUUUUGCAGGCCUCACAGUUCUUGUCUCCCACCUUCUCUCUCUCACACACACUUUUAUUAAUUCUCAAUUUAUUAAAUUUAUUAUUUGCCAAUAAUAAUAAUUCAUCAUCUCAUCUAUAUAGCACACCCUCACCCCCUUCUCCUUUCUCUUCUUCUCCGUCAACCCUGUUCUUUUCCUCCUACCCUCUUCCGUAUAUAUCCGGCCGUUAGAGGCUCCGCUACCAGAUUUUCAACACUCUAUCCUUGUUAGGUACAAUUUAAACAAACAGAAAUGAACCACUGUGGAAUCCACCAGAAGAACACCUUUGCAUCAUCCUGUGAAGAGAUGAGGAGCUCUGUUUCCGUUUCUGUAUCCGGUGUGCCUAUGGUUUGCCCCAAACCUAGACGUCUCAGCCUCUUCUCCACCACUGCUAACGAGCCUGUUAGGCCUCUCAGAUGGCAGAUGUGUCACCAAUCAGAAGGUUUUGAAUCCAAAGCCGGACCUGAGCUUCUUGACAUCAUCUUUGCCAAGAGUGGUGGGUAUGGUGCACCGGACCAAACAUGUACACAAGUAGCCUCGUCGCCCCCUUUUUUCAGCGGGUCACCGCCGAGUAGAGUAUCUAAUCCACUAAUCCAGGACGCGCGAUUCCGGGAUGACAAGAUCUCCCAGGUGUCGCCGCGUUCCACGAUCCCCAACCCCGCACCGUCCGGUUUGUCCUCCCCAUCCCCCAGGAAAGGCGGAUGCCUUCUUUCCAAUUUUGGCAACAAACCCGCGGUGCGGAUUGAGGGGUUUGAUUGCCUCGACAGGGAUAAUCGCCGCAAUUGCAGCAUCCCGACGCUCGCAUGAAAUCAAACCCUUGAUCCCAAACAUAGUUGUUUGUUCCAGUUACCGUUCCAUCAAGUACAUAAUAAAAUCAACCGUUGUAGAAAGGUAAAAUCAGCUAUCAGUUUUUCGGAUUUCGAACAGUCUAUUUAAUUCUAGCCUUCCAAAGAAGAAUUUUGAAGAGAUUUGAGAGAGAUACAUCCAGCAUCAACUGGGUUACUUUUAGUGUAAAUAGGAGUGUCUUUUAAUGGUCAUUAAGAUCUGUAAGUAAGUAAUUAGUGAGUUAGUGACCAGAAAUAAUUUGAGAGUUUGUGUAUGGUCUAGAUUUAAGGGGGAUUACUCUUCUGGUGAUGAUUUGUAAGUAUAAAAGGUCAAAGAGGGUAAUCUCCACAAGUUGGAAAAAAGCAUAUUCGUUGUUUUUUUUUUGUUUUUGGUUGUAAGCCAGAAGGAGGAUGAUUGCGACUUUAUGUAACGAAAUGUGUAUAAAAUUUUAAGGUCGUAUAUCGAGUUGGGUCUUUUUGUAGCGUCUAAAACAUUGUAGAUAUUAUAAUAUAUGAUUUUAUUUUUAAA